AUGUUACUGGAGCAGUUCAUGCACCACCGCAUCCAAGCCAUCUCCCACAUUCAGGCUGCCCUGGCUGACCCAUCGCGGGCCUUGAGCGACGAGAACAUUGCCACAGUCUUCCAGAUGCUCUGCAUCGAGGAGAACCUGUUUCUCUACGCUGGCGACUCACUGAGAGACCACCCAGCAUGGAAGCACCUCCAACCAGACGUCUCCCAGCGCCAGGCCCAUCUGGCGGGGCUGAAGAGAAUGCUGUUCUUGCGCGGAGGCAUAGCCCGUCUUGACGGAAUGAAGGGUCUCCAGGCCUUCAUCAUCAGAUGGGUGUGCACCUCCCUAGCCUGCCGCCUCGUCUUCAGCCUGCCUCCUCCAUCCCAUCCAGGCCAAUACCUCUACCAACCCACAAACAGAAACGAGCUCUCUGCUGCCCAUCUCUCCGACCACACUUUCGCCGCCUCCCACCUCUUACCUCACGGCCUCCUCAAAAAGCUCUACAACUACCCACAUUCCUCCCCAUUCUACCAAGCUGGCUCAGCAAUGGCAACCGCAUGCGCCACUCUCGGGGUAUCACGCGAUCUAAUCAACCACAUCACCACCCUCGACUGUCUCCUCCGUGACGCAUUAGCAUGGUACAUAUCCCGCCCAACAAGCCAAUGGGACGCCCUCGACAUCCAGAACCUGAUGUCCAUCGGUUUAGGGGAGCUGAUCCACUUCAUCCUCCGCGCGGAAACAGCCCUCUCCGCGACAGAAAACGUCAUUGCUAUAUGCCUCUUUGUCUUCACCUUCUUCGUUGGCAACGGUGCUCACGCCGCUUGCUCUCCUCUACCGGGGAUCAUGCCACGUUUGAGGCAUCAUUUUACUGAUGCUGAGCUGUCACCGAACUUGAAGAGGAUAGGGAUUGAGACGUGGGUGGGGUUCGUGCUGUUGAUUGCUAGUAGUCAGAAUCCGGAGAGCGAGGAGUUUUUCUUUCGGUUUAUGGUGGAGAUGUUGGGGGAUAGGGGGGUGGGGGAUUAUGAGGGGUUUAGGGGUUCGAUGGUGGAUAGGGGGGUUUGGACGCCUGUUGUGGAGGCGCAUGCGGUUAAGGCUUGGGGGGAGCUGGAGGGGCCGUUGGGGGAGUAUAGGAGUGGGAGAAGGGAGAUUUGGGAGGUGAGGAGGGGAGGGGUGGAUGUGGGGGAGGAACAGGGGGUGAGUAUACCGAUGAGUAACCCUUAUGCGACGAGUCAUAUGAAGAAGAUUUUUAGUAGUGAUGGAGAGGGUGUCAAGGUUGAUGUGUGA